AUGGCAAGAACAAGAACUAGUGCUGGAACUAGCGGCGGUCGUGGAAGAGGCCGUGGUGAAAACGAAGACUCUGGUCAAGGUCGUGGUAUGGGUCGAGGAACUGGACGGAGUGGAGGCCGUGGUAUUGGUCGUGGCACUUGGCCUGAAGUAGUUCAAGGAGUUGGCCGCGGUGCAGGUCGUGGAAAUGAACAAACUGGAGGUCGAGGUACUGGUCGUGGUGUUGGUCGUGGUGCAGGCCGCGGUGGCGGCCGAGGUAGUGGUCGUGGACGUGGUCGUGGUGAAGCUGAAAAUGAAACUACUAAUGAGCAAACUGGAAUGAAACUAGACCCAGCCAUCAUUGCCAUGAUCAACCAAGUGGUUAAUACUAUACUCGCACAAAAUGCUCAGAAUGCACAAAAUGCAGAGAAUGAAGAUGCUCAGUAUGAUGAUGAUGCUUAG